AGGACCCGUGGCCCAGCCGCUGUCCCCAUGGAGGUGUGGCGCCAGUGUGCGCACUGGCUGGUGGCCGCGCGCGUCCUGCCCGCGGGUCACCGGGCCAGCAGCCCCGGGGGACAGGUGUGGGACCUGGCGCAGGCGCUGCGGGACGGGGUCCUGCUGUGCCACCUCCUCAACGCGCUCCUGCCCCGCGCCGUGCCACCCCGGGACAUCUGUCCCCGUCCCCAGAUGUCACAGUUCCUGUGCCUGAGGAACAUCCGCACCUUCCUGGCCGCCUGCGCCGACAAGUUCGGGCUGCCCAAGCACCGGCUCUUCGGCGCCUUCGACCUCUUCGACGUCCAGGAUUUCGGCAAGGUGAUCGAGACGCUCUCGACGCUGUCCUGGACGCCGAUCGCGCAGAGCAAAGGAUUCACGCCGUUCCCGUCCGAGGACAGCGUUGGGGACGAUGACAUUUACAGCGGCCUGUCCGACCUCAUCGAUGACACGGCCGAGGAGGACGAUGACCUCUACGACUGCGUGGAGGCCGAAGGCGACGACGGCGACGACGUCUACGAGGACCUGAUGAGGGUGGAGCCGCCCCCGGCCGCGAAGGGGGGCGUGGACCGGCGGCUCUGCUGCCUCCAGGAGCUGCGGCAGACGGAGGAGAGGUACACGGAGACCCUGGAGUCCAUCUGCCAGCAUUUCCUGCGGCCGCUGCGGCACUUCCUGAACCCGCGGGACAUGGAGAGCGUGUUCAUCAACGUGGAGGAGCUGCUGGAGCUGCACCGCCGGUUCCUGGGGGAGCUGCGGGGGGCGCUGGGGGGGGGCGGGGGGGGGCGCGCCCUGCCCCCCCUGUUCCUGCAGUACAAGGAGAGGUUCCUGCUCUAUGGCCGUUACUGCAGCCAGGUGGAAGCGGCCGCGCGGCGCCUGGACCAACUUUCCACCUGCACUGACCUGCGCAUGAAGCUCCAGGAGUGCUCCCUGCGCGCCAACAACGGGCGCUUCUCGCUGCGGGACCUGCUGAUGGUGCCCAUGCAGAGGGUGCUGAAAUAUCACCUGCUGCUCCAGGAGCUGGUGAAGCUGACCCCGGACGCGGCCGAGCGGGAGCGGCUGCGGGGGGCGCUGGACGCCAUGAGGGACCUGGCGCAGUGCGUGAACGAGGUCAAGCGGGACAACGAGACCCUGAAGCAGCUCACGAGCAUCCAGCUGUGCCUGCACAACAUGCCUCAGUCCCUGGCGCAGUUCGGGCGCCCCAAGAUCGACGGGGAGCUGAAGGUCUCCAGCAGCGAGAGGCGCUCCAAGGUGGACAGGUACGGGUUCCUGCUGGACAAGGCGCUGAUCAUCUGCAAGCGCCGCGGCGACUCCUACGAGGCCAAGGACGUGGUGGAGCUGCAGAGCCACCAGCUGCGCGACGGGAUGGCCACCCGCGACGGCAAGAAGUGGUCCCACACCUUCGUGCUGCUGCACGCGGCCGGGCUGCAGGACUACGAGCUCUUCUUCAAGACGCGCGAGCUGAAGAAGAAGUGGCUGGAGCAGUUCGAGAUGGCCCUGUCCAACAUCUUCCCCGAGCACGCGCUGGCGGACGGACACGACUUCCAGAUGUUCUCCUUCGAGGACACCACGUCCUGCAAGGCCUGCCAGAUGUUGCUGAGGGGCACCUUCUACCAGGGCUAUCGCUGCAGCCGCUGCCGCGCCCCCGCCCACAAGGAGUGUCUGGGCAGGGUGGGCACCUGCGGGAAGGCCGGAGGCGAUCCCGGCUCUGGCGCUCGCAAGAACAAAUCGCAUCGGCCGGGACCCGAGAAGAAACUGGGACUCCCCAAAAUGGAGAGCACCCAGCCCUACAGUGGGGUGCCCCCCCCGCCGGGGGUCCUGGGGCCCCCCCUGCGCCUCAGCCCUGGUGACGUCAUCGAGGUGACAAUGGCCGAGGCCGAGGAGCUCUGGUGGCAGGGCCGGAACGUGGCCAGCGGGGAUCUGGGCUGGUUCCCCAGCAGCGCCGUCAGACCCUUCGUGUCCGUGCCGCUGCCGGAUCUUUCUGUCUAUCCAUGGUUUGGGGGGGCCCUGGAGCGCGCCGAGGCCGAGCUCGCGCUGUCCCCCCGCUCCGACGGCGCCUUCCUGGUGCGACAGCGGCUGCGGGAGCCCGGGGACUUCGCCAUCAGCGUCAAGUUCCGCGGGCAGGUGAAGCACAUCAAGGUGGCCGCCAGCGAGGGGCUCUUCUGGGUCACCGAGAAAAAGGCGUUCAAGGGGCUGGUGGAGCUGGUGGAGUUCUACCAGCGGAACUCGCUGCGGGAUUGCUUCAAGGCGCUGGACACGACCCUGGCCGUGCCCUACAGGGACCCCGAAACCCGCGGGGCGCCCCGAGAGCCCGGUGCCACCCGCAGCUUCGGCUCGGCCAAGGCGCGCUACGACUUCAGCGCGCGGGACCGGACGGAGCUGUCGCUGCGGGAAGGGGACAUCGUGCGGGUCCUGAGCAAGAGGGGACAGCCCGGCUGGUGGCGCGGGGAGAUCUACGGGCGGGUCGGUUGGUUUCCCGCCAAUUACGUGGACGAGGAUUUUUCCGAUUAUUGCUGACCUGGACACCCCCAACGUCCCCCACAAUGUCCCCAGCCCCGAUCCCGAUAAUUUAUGGGACAAUAAACCAGGAUGAGGAUGAG